CUGAUUUAAAAUUUGCAAGCAUCUCAUUUAUUAAGAUCUCUUUAAAUAAUAAAAGUAAAAAAAAGUUGAUUGAGUGGAUUUUUUUAGAAGAAAUAAAAAAACAAAAGUCAUAUGAAUUUUAUAUAUUAAUGUAUUAUAUUGCGGAAAUCUAACUGAAGACGAAUUAUGGAAAUACCACCGCCUUUGGUCUUAAAACGACCUCUAUUCGUUCCAAUUAAAACUUUAAUGGGUCCGGGACCUUCUAAUUGUUCACAACGAGUUUUGUCAGCACUCAGCAAUCCGGUGAUCGGUCAUUUACAUUCAGAGUGUUUGCAGAUAAUGAACGAAAUCAAAGAAGGAAUAAAAUAUAUAUUUCAAACCUCAAACGAUGCUACAAUGUGUAUAAGCGGCUCUGGUCAUAGCGGCUUGGAAUCGGCGCUAUGUAAUUUAAUUGAAGAUGGUGAUGUAGUUUUAGUGGCAUGUAUUGGGUUGUGGGGACACCGUGCAGCUGAUAUAGCAAAACGUUACGGCGGAGAUGUACGUUUAGUGGAGACGACGCUUGGGCAUUCGUUAACUAUAAAUGAAAUUGAAAUUGCAUUUAAAUAUAAUCAACCAAAAAUUUUCUUUACGGUUCAAGGUGAUUCCUCUACAGGAGUUUUACAAUCGAAUCUCAAAGAUAUCGGGAAAAUUUGUCGUCGAUAUAAUUGUCUUUUUAUUGUUGAUACGAUUGCUUCGCUGGGCGGCACCGAUUUUUUCAUGGAUGAAUGGUUUGUUGAUGUAGCUUUUACUGGUUCUCAAAAGACAUUAGGUGCUCCGCCUGGCCUAACACCGAUUUCGCUAAAUGUGCGUGCUAUUGACUGCAUAAACGCUCGUAAGACAAAAGUAAAAGUUUAUUAUUUUGAUAUCCUGCUUAUUGGGCAAUAUUGGAAUUGUUUUAAUAUGCCUAUUAUUUACCAUCACACAAUAUCUGCUACACUGCUAUAUGGCCUUAGAGAAGCUUUGGCACAAGUUUGUGCUGAAGGCUUAAAAGCAUUUAUCCAUAGACAUCAGCAAUGCUCUUAUCGAUUGCAAAAAGGUCUCAAAGAUUUGGGCUUAGAAAUGUUCGUAAAAAAUGCCAGUGAAAGACUGCCAACUAUAACCACCAUAAAAGUGCCUUUUGGUAUAGAUUGGCGUAAAGUUAUCGAAUAUAUUAUGAGAAAGUACAGCAUGGAAAUUAGUGGUGGAUUAGGGCCUACUGUUGGCAAUGUUUUCCGCAUCGGUUUAAUGGGCGAAAAUGCCACUUUAGAAAGAGCCGAUCUAAUAUUAAACAUACUUCGCGAAGCUAUAGAGAGUUCCAAAUUGGACAAUAAUGAAAAAUCCAAAAUUUAAAAUUUAUAUCACUUUUAAACUAUUUGUAU